GGCAUCGGCUCCAGUGACUCCAGUCGCCUGGUUAGGGACACAACAAGCCAAGGCAUUGCUAGUAUGGAUGAUCCCAAGCCAGAUCCGAUGCGCUUCUGUCAGGCCAUCGACAGCCGUGUGGACCAGAUGCAGACCGCCGGCGCUUCAUCCCCUGACCGCAAUACCGCAUCAGCGCUGCCAACUACCGACACCGCUCCCCUCUCCUCGCAGCACGAAGAUCCAGCAGACGACGAUACGAAGACGGGUGCAGCUGACGAUGCGCCAGCGCACGGAGAAGUCAGCAGCAACGGGCCAACCGAGGCAGCAGCUGCCGCCAUGAAUGCGAGGAAGGCGUUCAGGCGCUUCACCAGUGGCGUGGAGCUCGAAGGCCAUGCGGCCACCACGUCCUUGGACCACCUGGAGAUAAGCAACGGUGCGAGAGAUGAGUCGCCCUUUCCCAUCCCGCUGCCCAAUGACGGCGCCAGCAGAGUGACUCUGGAUGUCGUCGAGUCGUCAGACGAGGAGUUGGCUGUCAGCAACACUGAGGCAAGGCUGAAAGACGAGUCGGCCAACGCCGCACAAAGGCUUUCCGCCUCUGCAAUGAGGUCAGAGUGAUGUCAACACGAGGAGACGCAACCAAUCUGUCUGGUUGUGAGCAGGCAUCAGUUGAUUUCGUACCCCUGCUGGGAGGGGGGUGGCUUUUUGUUGGAAUGUUGCUGCAGUUCUAUUCUGCGAGGCAUUUCUUUGGUUUGUGUGGCAUGUAUGCCUCUGUCUUUCUUUGAGUGCGAGCCUUCACUCAAUGUUUUCUGCAUGCGCCCCUGAGUGCAUCGAAUGCGCGUGAACUUUACGGCAUGAUUUGAAUGAUUCAUUGCUGAUG